AUGGAACCGGUGUCGAUAUCCUUACGUCCAAAGAUCAUCCUGAUCGAUCGUAGUAUAGACCACCUCAUUGAUAUCGUCGUGUUGUUCGACGUUGACGCUCUGAUUGGCGGUUGCAAUUUUCAGCUGACCGACGACGGCCAACAGGUGAGCCAAAACACCACCGUCAACAAGUGGGAUCAAGAGGUACAAACGAGUCCAGAACGUGCAUUCUCCUGCUCCACUGCUGCCCAGUCCACCCGCUCGCUGCCUUCCAUAAAUACGGUAGCCGGCGCAGGAGCGAACUGUGCGAGGCUUGACGAGCAGAUCCGCCGCCGGCAGACCGACCGACCGACCGACAAGCAGGAGUCGUCGUCGUCGUCUAGUCGACGAAGACUACCGGGUCGAUACUCGGCGGUUGGCGGGAUAUGA